CGUGUUUUAUUUACUCCUUUCAGCCACACAUAACUAACUCCCUCCGCCACAACAGCUAGCCGGCGGUCCAAGCCAUAAACCGGAAGCUCAACGCUCCCUCGGAGCCAUUGGUUUUCAAAUUUAAUUCCCAUUAAUGCAUUGAGAGACAGAACAGAGGAAAGACUUUUCUUCUUCUUCUUUUGCUUGAUGGGUAUUGUGCCAUAUCUAAGAGGAGCAAGAACCCAUGAAGGGUUGCCCAUAGCCGAAGGGCUAUCACAUUCUACAUCAGCUUCCAACGACAAGAAAUGGUUAACCUUGAUGCCUUUACUACUCGCCCUUCUCGUCAUUGCUGAAAUCGGUUUUCUGGGUCGUUUCCGUUCGUUGCCCGCGAUGUUCCGUGAAUCGCGCUCUUCUGGUCGAUUAAAGGUUGGUGGCGCUCGAAAUUUUUGGAUUCGAGCUUUGGGUGGUCAUCGUAACUUGACCUGUGAGGAGUGGCUCGAGAGAGAAGAUGUCGUGGUUUAUUCAAGGAAUUUUAGUGACGAUCCCAUCUUGGUUUAUCAUCAGAAACAGCCUACUAUCCCGAUAUUAAUAUCGCUCAGGCACGACGGUGGGGUUGGCUAUGAAUAUGUAAUGACAACGAGCCUCUCAUCGGAUGUCCCAGUCGGAUAUUUUUCCUGGGCGGAGUAUGAUAUCAUGGCACCGGUGCUUCCCAAGACUAAAAAGGCCCUUGCAGCUGCUUUCAUAUCUAACUGUGAAGCCCGCAACUUUCGUAUUAAAGCUCUCGUGAGGCUCGAAAACGAGAAUAUCAAGAUAGAUUCUUAUGGUAGAUGCCACAGAAAUCGCAAUGAGAAUGUGGACAAAGUCAAAGCUCUGAAACACUACAAGUUUAGCUUGGCUUUUGAGAACUCCAAUGAAGAGGAUUACGUUACGGAAAAAUUUUUCCAGUCCCUCGUUGCAGGAAGCGUACCUGUUGUGGUUGGUGCUCCGAAUAUCGAAGAUUUUGCUCCUUCUCCUGGUUCAUAUUUACAUAUUAAGGAAUUGGAGGAUGUUGGCUCGGUUGCAGAAAGGAUGAAGUACCUUUCGGAAAACCAGGAUGCUUAUAAUGAAUCAUUAAGGUGGAAAUACGAAGGCCCGUCAGAUUCUUUCAAGGCCCUUUUGGAUAUGGCUGCAGUUCAUUCGUCGUGCCGUUUGUGCAUUCACUUGGCGACCAUCUUCCGGCAGGAUGAAGAAAAGAACCCCGACGUCCAGAAACGCCCCUGCAAGUGUGAGAUGGGUUCGGAAACUUUGUAUCAUUUGUAUGUAAGAGAGCGAGGGAGGUUUGAGAUGGACUCUAUUUUCUUGAGGUCUGGAAACAUGACUCUAGAGGCAUUGGAGGCUUCAGUUCUUAUGCAUUUCAAGACUCGGAAACAUGAGCCUAUUUGGAAAUGGGAAAGACCCGAAAGCAUUAGAGGGGGUGAACUAAAAGUAUAUAGAAUAUAUCCUAUUGGGUUGACACAGAGACAGGCUUUGUAUACCUUCAAGUUCAAAGAUGAUGCUGAUCUUAGGAACCACAUCGAAAACAACCCUUGUGCCAAGUUCGAAGUCAUAUUCGUCUAGAUCGAUGAUUCCAUUACGUCAUCUCCGAGCACAUUUUACGGAGUCCCGGUUAUCUGC